CCUACGCUCGGGCCCGGCCCGGGGCAGGGCGGACAUGGGCGCCAAGCAGAGCGGCCCGGCCGCCGCUAACGGCCGUACCCGUGCGUACUCAGGCUCGGAUCUACCUUCCAGCAGCAGCGGAGGGGCCAAUGAGACCGCGGGCAGCGGCGGCGGGGCUCGGGAGGCGGCCGCGGGCAGGUUUCCGGCUCAGGUGCCUAGUGCACAUCAGCCCAGAGCUUCCGGCGGCGCAGCGGCGGCCUCGGCAGCCCUGCACAGCCGCUCCCUCGGCGGGGCCGUGGGGAGCGUGGCGUCGGGGGCCCGAGCCGCGCAGUCCUCCUUCAGCAUCCCCAACAGCAGCAGCGGUCCGUACGGCUCGCAGGACUCGGUGCACAGCAGCCCGGAGGACGACGGCGGCGGCGGCGGCGGCGGCGGCGGCAGGGACCGGCCGCCGGGCAGGGGCCCCGGCGGGCCGCGCCUGGUGAUCGGCUCCCUCCCAGCUCACCUCUCGCCGCACAUGUUUGGAGGAUUUAGGUGCCCUGUAUGCUCAAAAUUUGUACCCUCUGAUGAAAUGGAUUUGCACCUUGUGACGUGUUUAACAAAGCCAAGAAUAACCUAUAAUGAGGAUGUACUGAGUAAAGAUGCUGGGGAAUGUGCAAUAUGUCUUGAAGAAUUGCAGCAGGGAGAUACUAUAGCACGACUGCCUUGCCUAUGCAUAUAUCAUAAAAGCUGCAUAGAUGAAUGGUUUGAAGUAAAUAGAUCUUGUCCUCAGCACCCUUCAGAUUAAGCAUCAGAUUCCUGUUUUAUAGGAUGCUUGAAAAAUCUAGAGGAUUUGAGGAUCUGUCUCUGGAAAAACAAAAAUGCAGGCUUACUCAGCCAGAAAUCUGAGUUCUGUGAGACUUGGUAAUACAGAGAUGGACAAUCACACAAGAAAAAAGAAAAAACAUCCUGCUGAAGAGAGGACAGUAACCACAGAACUCAGUGUACCAAACUUGCAUAUAAGGGACACACAGGGAUUUUGAAAAUGCUGCACAUCCCUUAAUAGUCAUCUACAUAGGUAAUACUGAUGAACAUUUUGUAUUCAGACGCCAAAGUUAACUGAUUUAAAAGUUGAUUUACUUUUUAUUCAGUUCUCUAGAGCUGCGCAACUAGCUGUGUUUUGAUUUGUUUUGUUUCUUCAAUUUGGGGUCUCUUUUAUUUCCCCCAACAUAAUGUUUUUGCAUUCACUUAUUCUUAAAUUGAAAAACCAUAUAAGUUACUUCUCAUAAAGUCUUAAAUGUGAAACCAAGAAAUGUAAUCAAGCAGUAAAACAUUCUCUGAAUGUAGACCAUGAUCUCAAGUUCUUCCAUUUUUUCCCCCAAGUGUGGAAAACUAAUUUCUACAUAGGAAAACUAAAAUAUGUUUGUUUUUAAAUUAAAGGUUUAAAUAUUAUCAGAAUGCUGCCCAAAGAAUAAAUCAAGUUACAUAAUUACAUUUUAAUUAAAUAAAUGUAGAAAUUGUCUACUGAA